UCUUCAUUCGAUGUCUCCUACUGCGCAGGUGCCUGCCACACGCUCCAUCAACUCUUCUCUCUCUCUCUUCACCAACCACAGUUCCAUAUUUCUGCUGCAAGAAUCCCUUCAUUUUCGCCAAGACAACAUCUUUUGACUUCCUACAAAGUUUUAUUUAUGUGGGGAACUUAGAUGCAACCUCAUAUAAAUAUUGCCCCCAUAGUUAAGUCUAAAAUGGCAAUGGGCGACGUCAACGAGUGGGGAUGUUUCUAGCAAGAAGACAAUGGGAAGGUUCCUAAGAGGAUUCACAAGUCCGAGAGAGAGAGAGAAGAUGAAACGCGAGAAUUUGAACGAGCUUUUUUUUGCUUUAGCAAAUUCUUUAGAACUAUCUGAUCAGAACAACGGUAAGGCUUCUGUUUUGAUUGAAGCCUCUCGAACAGUGAAAGACAUGCAGGAUCAGAUCAAGUGUCUUAAAAAAGAGAAUGCCACCUUGUUGUCUGAAUCCCAAUAUGUAACUGUUGAGACGAACGAGCUAAAGGAUGAAAAUACUGCUUUGGAGGCUGAGAUUGGUAAACUUCGGACAGAGAUCAACUCAAAGACCAAGUUGCAACUCGACCUAAAUAUGGCCCCUCCUGAAUGUCACAACCAAGAGCAGGGAUCACACAAUAUUGAUAGCCCUUUUGUCUUUCCUGUCAUGAAACAUGGACCACAAGGACAUAUUGUAAGUCCACAUCUUGCCACCUUCUGCUCGAACAUCCAAGGUCAUCCGGUGGUCGGUAUUGAACACCUUGCAUCUCAGCAUAUUUCUGUAGUGAGCAAACCACAUGCUCGAUACCUCACUCCAGCCGACAAAUGGCCGUCUCAAGUUCUAGAAAAGCACCCCGAGUUAGGAAAAGCAGUUCAUCAAGGUUAUAGAUACGGCAAAUGAUAUGCAGGUUGCAUCCUGCAUCUCUACUUAGAUAUGUAUAUUUCGGUUCUGGUUAGUUUAGCUGUCUUCACGAAUUUAGACUAUCCCGAUACAACACUUGGCACGUAGAACCGGGAAUCAGAAAGUAGUAUGGUUUUGUUUCCAUGGUAAAUGAAAGUCUAUAUAUUUCUCCAUUUUCUCAUUCUGUUUCAAGAUUGAUAUGAUGAAUCAAAUUAUACUUUUCAAUGA